AUGGGAGUAAAUGCGCCAUUAGAUGGACGAUUAUUUUUUUCCGUCGAACGAUUCGAUUAUACAAAAGGAAUUAAAGAAAAAUUACUAGCAUAUAAAAAUUAUUUUGAAAAAUAUCCGGAACGAAUUGGUAAAGAUGUACUGUAUCAGGUUGCGGUAAUAAAUAGACGUGCUGUUGAUACCUAUCGUGUUUAUCAAGAUGAAUGUAUUUUAUUAGCUGAAGGUAUUAAUAAAGUAUGCACCUGUCCAACACGACCAAAUUGGAAACCAUUAAUUUUUCAAACAGAAGGAUUACCACGAAAAGAACUCAUUGCAUGCUAUUUAGCAAUGGAUAUUGGUAUUGUAACACCAAAAAAAGAUGGCAUGAAUUUGGUAGCAAAAGAGAUGCUAUUAUGUAAUCCAAAUGCAGGAUUAAUUCUAUCAACAGGUGCUGGUAGUGAAGUGCAAUUUUCUCGAGCUGGACUUUAUCAGGAAAAUGGUGAACAAUGUUAUAAACGGAUAAUAAAUCUCUAUGAUUUGGAUAGUUAUUCGGAUGCAUUUUAUCAAGCUGCUAUUCAAGAUUUAGCAAUUCGUCGUGCUAAUGGUUCCAAAUUACAUAAAUUUAUCUUAUCUAAUGAUAUUGAAAAAUGGAGUGCAGCAUUUCUAGAUCCAUCUUGGACACAUGAAGUGAUAAGAUCAAUUGAGGUGAAAACAUUGGAAGAUUUUUAUACGAUUAUGCUACAAACACGUAAUAUUAGACGACAAAUUGUGGAACGUGUCCUGAAAGGUUUUCCAGUACGAAGUCAUUUUGGUAUUUCACUAAAGAAUGCACUUGAUUCAUUGACACGAAGUUGUGAAGCAAAUACAACAAUGAUUAAUUUACGAACAUCAUCAGAUGAAAGUAUUAUGGAUUAUGCAAGCUUUGAUAUUAAAAAUGAAUUGGAUGAAUUUGAAAAGGAUUUAAGCUUUUUAAAAUUUAUCGCAAGUGAUAAUGUUUACAAUAUCGAGCAAUUUGUUGAUGUUAGUUUAUUUUUGUAA